GUAACUGCUGGUGUUAAGAGAUAGGAGCGCUCUUUGCUACAGGUAGUCAUUAUUACAUCGUGGUCCUCUUCUGGCAGAAUUAUUGUCCUGAGAGUGGCCAACAAGAGCGUGCAUUCGUUUGUUCCUUUUCUUUUUCCUUCUCCGCAAGAUCGAAAACUUUCCGAAAAAGUGCGACGCGUGGAGCCCUUUCCCUCAGCUCCCUUCUAGUUUCCUCUUCGAAGAAAAACACGCUCGGCUCCAACAGAGGCCACUAUCGCCAGGAGACCUUUGCUGUGAUCGGAGGCGAAGGGGAGGAAGGGGGUGGCCUGAUGAAUACCUCUUCCUUCCUCCCAUCCUACCCACCCACACUGACUGCGCCCUGCCCAUCCUCAGCAGGUUGCAGGCGAGCGCUCGCCGUAUGAACCGCGAAGAGAAGGUGGCGGCUCAGGCUGCGGUCGCUGCAGGUCGCUCUUGCUUGCAAGCCGAGGCGCAGCGGGAGGGAGCUGGUCGCGACCCGCGUGUGUUUGUGCGCGCCUCCGUCCCUUCCCACUCCAGCCUAGGGGGAGGGGAGAAGAGAUGAACCUCGCAUUGUUCCUCCCUGCCUAGGCAACUCCUCCCGGGCCGUGAUGGGCUCCUCGCCUUUGUUCCCCGAGUGAGCCCUUUUUGCUAGUCCUCUUUUGUGAUCCAAGACAAACAGCCCUCCCUGGGAAACAUGGAUGUGACCAUUUCCGAACUCCUGGAGCUUUUUCUCCAGAGCCCCUUGGUGACCUGGGUGAAAACAUUUGGACCGUUAGGGAAUGAUGAUGAAGAGAAACUUGCAAUGUACAUGGACCUGGUAGAUGGAGUCUUCCUGAACAAAAUAAUGCUGCAAGUAGAUCCACGGCCAACAAAUCAGCGUGUCAAUAAGCAUGUCAACAAUGACGUUAACCUCCGGAUCCAAAACCUCACCAUCUUGGUCAGAAACAUCAAGACGUAUUAUCAGGAGGUCCUCCAGCAGCUGAUCAUAAUGAGCUUGCCAAACGUCUUACUAAUCGGCAAAGAUCCUCUGUCUGGUAAAAGUAUGGAUGAAAUUAAAAAAUUGCUGCUUCUGGUGCUGGGUUGUGCUGUGCAGUGUGAAAGAAAAGAAGAGUUCAUUGAACGGAUAAAACAGCUAGAUAUUGAAACACAAGCUGCAAUAGUUUCACACAUUCAAGAGGUGACACAUAGCCAGGAGAAUGUGUUUGACUUACAGUGGCUAGAGCUGCCAGAUAUGGCUCCAGAAGAGCUUGAGACCCUCUCCCGAAAUAUGGUUUUCCACCUCAAGAGACUGAUUGAUGAGAGAGAUGAGUGCACAGAACUACUUGUAGAUCUCACUCAGGAGAGAGAUUACUUGCAAUCCCAACAGCCGCUGAGUCCUCUAAAAACAUCAAGCCCAGCCUCUUCCCCAAACCCAGCCAGCCGCCUCUCCAAUGAGGACAAACAGCAUCUGUCUGUGGAGCUUGCAGACACAAAGGCUAAACUAAGGAGGAUCAGGCAGGAGCUGGAAGAAAAAUCGGAGCAACUUGUUGAUACUCGACAUGAAGUAGAUCAGUUAGUCCUGGAACUGCAGAAAAUAAAGCAAGAGAAUAUUAACCUCAUGGCAGAUGCACGUUCUGCUCGCGCCUAUAGAGAUGAACUGGAUUCCUUGAGAGAGAAAGCAAACAGAGUUGAAAGACUAGAAAUGGAGCUGGUCCGGUGUAAAGAGAAACUGCAUGACGUGGAUUUCUAUAAAGCACGGAUGGAGGAGCUCAGAGAAGAUAACAUCAUAUUAAUUGAAACAAAAACCAUGCUAGAAGAGCAGUUGAUGAUAGCGAGAGCGCGUGGCGAUAAAUUGCAUGAGGUUGAAAAGGAGAACUUGCAGUUGAAAUCCAAACUUCAUGACAUAGAAUUGGACAGGGAUACUGACAAGAAGAGAAUUGAAGAGUUGUUGGAAGAGAAUAUGGUGCUGGAGAUUGCGCAGAAGCAGAGCAUGAAUGAGUCUGUACACCUGGGCAGGGAAUUGGAGCAGCUGUCAAAGAGCACAGAUCUCUCAGAUAUCAGGUAUUCUGAACAUUCGACAGCAAGGAAGUCCUUUGUAUUUGAACUGAACGAAUGUGCAUCAAGUCGCAUCUUGAAGCUUGAAAAGGACAACCAGAGCCUGCAAAAUAUCAUCCAGGAGCUCAGGGAUGCAUCUGUAACUACUGAAGAGGCUAACCUGAAAUUUGUGGAAUUGCAAAAUGAGAAUCAACAGCUUGGCCAAAAGAUUGAGAAGCUGCAAAACCAGAUUGAAAAAGAGAAGCAAAGUAAUCAAGACUUGGAGACUCUGAGUGAGGAGCUCCUAAAGGAGAAGGAAGAGCUUCAGGGCAUGAUGGAGACCUUAAAAGCUGACAAAGAGAGACAGAUAAAAGACCUAGAAAAAGAAACAGAUCAUCUCAAUCAAGUAGUUUUGUCACUGAGGCAGAGGUCUCAAGUCAGUAGCGAGGCCAGAGUCAAAGACAUCGAAAUGGAAAACAAAAUACUGCAUGAAACAGUUACAGAGACCAAUAGCAAGUUCAGCAAGGUGGAGUUUGAGAAGAAGCAGUUGCAGAAGGACUUUGAGCAGGUUAAAGAAAAGGUGGAAAGAGUAGAAGAAAUGGACAAAGAGCUUCAUCGGCUUGAGAGGGAAAAUGAGAAGCUCACAAAGAAAGUUGCAGCAAUGAAAAUUGCUACAGAGAAAGUCGAGGUUCUUGAACAAGAAAAUGGAGAUCUGGAAGUAGAGAACAGGAAGUUGAAAAAAUCCCUAGAUACAUUGCAUAAUGUUUCCAUCCGGUUGGAAAGCUUGGAGAAGGACAACAAGGAGCUAGAUGAAGAGAAUCUGGAACUCAGAAGAAUGGUAGAGACAAUGAGGUUUACCAGUGCAAAAAUGGCUCAAAUAGAGGCAGAAAAUAAAGAACUGGAAAGGGAAAAAGAGGAGCUUAGAAAGAACGUAGAGAUGUCAAAGAUGCUGAUCAAGAAAUCAGAAAGGUUGGAGCUGAGUUACCAGAGUGUGAAUGCUGAGAACCAAAGACUUCAGCAGAUUCUGGAGAACAGCAGCAAGAAAAUCCAACAGCUAGAGAAGGAACUCCAGGGCAUCGAAAGUGAAAAGCAAACUCUUCAAAGAAAAUUAGAAGAGCUGAAGGUCUCCAAUAAGCGUCUGGAGUGGCUGGAAAAGGAGAAGAAACUACUAGAACAAGAAGUGUCCCAGCUGGACAAAGAUAAGAAGAUGCUGGAGAAAGAGACGAAGAGGCUUUGGCAGCAGGUGGAGCUGAAAGAUGCUUCUUUGGAUGACAGCACUGUAAAACUGGCAGUGAUGGAGAAGGAAAACAAAACGCUAGAAAGGGAACUUGCUCAGGCCAGGGACUCAUCUAAUAAGAUGAAAGAAUUUGAAAAGGACAACAAAGACCUCCGGAAGCAAGUUACCAUUGACAAGAGAACACUAGAUACAUUGAGAGAAGAUUUGGUUCUUGAGAAGUUAAAGAGCCAGAGCUUAUCUAAUGAAAUGGACAAGCUGGGCCAAGAACUGGAAAAGCUUGGCUUGGACAAGGAGUUGCUGCUACAGGACAACAAUGGAAACAAUGACAACAAAUACAAGAUCCUGGAAAGCAAAACUGAAUGUGCCCUCAAGACAACACUAGCUAAUAAAGAAGAAAAAAUUGCUUUGUUGGAGGCCCAAGUGCGAGAGUUUGUUAACCUGAACCAGCAGUUGCAGAAUGAACUCAAUAUGAUGAGGAAGAACUUUGAAGGUCUCAAGCAGAGCCAAGAGGAGAUGCAGAAUAUACUGAAACCAUCCACUGAAAACCCUGCUUCUGGUGGCUGGGCAAAAGAAAAGUGGGAAAAGGAACACAGGGAAGCGACUCUGGAGCUUCUGAAAGUGAAAGAUAGAGCCAUAGAAUUGGAGAGGAAUAAUGCAGCUUUGCAUGCAGAGAAGCAGCUUCUUAAAGAACAUUUGGACACACAGACUGCCUCCUUCAACAAUCAGAUAAUUGCACUACAGAAGCAAAACACCUUCCUUCAAGAGCACAACACUGCAAUGCAAACACAAACAGCCAAACUCCAGGUGGAGAACUCCACCCUGAAUUCCCAAAGUGCCUCCUUGAUGGCUCAGAACAGUCUCCUCCAAAGCCAGCAACUGGCCAAGGAAAGUGAGUAUGACAACUUGUUGAAGCAGAAGGAGCAGCUCAAAGCGGAGUACGAGUCUCUCCUUCAGGACCACGAGCACCUGGCAUCUCUGCAUGAGCGACAAUCUACAGAAUAUGAAAUGCUGAUAAAACAGCACAGCUGCCUGAAAACACUGCACAAAAAUCUUGACCAGGAGCACAAAGAUUUGGGAGAACGAUACAGCAGCUUGAUGCAACAUAAAGCAGAACUACAAGAACUGGAAAUGGUUUUAGAAAAAGAAAAAGAAGUGCUGCAGCAAGAAAAGCGAUCAAGCACAAUUUCAGCUACAGAGAACCAGAAGCUGAGAGAAGAGCUGGAAAGGGUGAAUUUCUUACACAGCCAGCUGAAAGCAGAGUAUGAAGGACUUCAUAUCCACACGAAAGAGUUGAAGACCUCCUUGAAUAACUCCCAACUUGAAUUGAACCGUUGGCAAGUUCGCUAUGAUGAGUUGAAGGAGCAACACCAGACAAUGGACAUCUCCUUGACCAAACUGGAUAACCACUGUGAGCUGCUUGCUCGACUAAAAGGAAACUUGGAAGAAGAGAAUCAUCAUCUCCUAAGUCAGAUUCAGAUGUUGAGUCAGCAGAACCAGAUGUUGUUGGAGCAGAACAUGGAGAACAAGGAACAGUACCACGAGGAACAAAAGCAAUAUAUUGAUAAGCUAAAUGCCUUGAGGAGACACAAAGAAAAACUGGAGGAGAAAAUAAUGGAUCAGUAUAAGUUUUAUGAUCCUGCUCCAAAAAAGAAAAACCACUGGAUAGGAGCCAGAGCCUUGGUUAAACUCAUUAAGCCAAAGAAAGAGGCUACAAGAGAACGAUUGAAAUCUUCAGCCGAGAGCCCCCCAUGGCACUCUGAAAGCCCAGAGACAGCAGGGUUGCCAUCUCCGUCCCAACUGCCCAAGCAGCAGGAGAGUUUGGAGAACACCUCUGUAGAGUCCAACUCUGUGGAAGACAGAGAACAUAAUAAUGGCUCUGUGAGCAAAGUGGAUUCAAAGCAGAAGAGAAUUUCUCAUUAUGGAGGCAGCAAUGACCACAUUGAAUGUGCAGCAGAUUCUUCUAUUAAGCAGUGCUACGUGGAGCCAAGUUCCAGGAUUUACUCUGCCACAGCUACCUAUUUGGCUGUCUCAAGUUCUACUCCCAUCUCCAGACAACAAAACAGACCCAAAGGUUAUAAUUCAGAUGGUGAUCUAUGUGAAAACUUCCCUGAGGUGGAGCUUUCAAACAAACAGCACAGAUCCAGGCCAAAUAGCUUAGAGAACAGUGAAAAUGCAUCCACCAGCAGUUCCCCUCUAAACGUGAAAGGUUCUUUGGACCGUUUUCGUGGCAGAUCUGAGAGUCUCAGCAGUGAAGACAUGACACCAAGUAAAGACGUACCUGGCUCGUCUAGAGAUGGCCUCUUUUGUCCCACCUCUGCUCCCAUCAUGGGCUCAAACACUAAGCACAAUACCUCCCUUACAAGGAAUGACUUGUUCUUACAUGACAUACCUCAUAAAAAUAACCGUGCCCAAGCAAAGUCUGGUAGGCACCGGUCAGCCUCCCCAGGCAGUGAGAUGGUGACUCUGGAAGAAUUUCUGGAAGAAAGCAACAGGUUAUCACCACUGAAUGACACAUCCAUCAAAGAGGACUUGCUGAGUGACUAUUUCAGGAAAGCAAAUGAAGCCCCAUCUGUUGGAAAUCAGCUUUCUCAGGCAAAUAGGAAGGAGACCACCAAGAUGCCUACAAGCUAUGUCACUCCAACUGUCAAGAUUCCUGGCACCAAUGAAGACAGAAGGCCAACUAAGCCAGGGCAUUAUGUCAAACCACACCUUAGACCAACUGAUUCGGAGUUUGUGGCACAUCCCACUGGUUCCUACAAGCUGACCCAUGCAUCUCAAAGUCAACCCAACAGGGGACUGAGACAGACAGCACAGUCUCCACAGUGCAGUGUCAUUCGGCAGAGCACAUCGCUGAACCGUGCAUUCAGUCUGGCUUCGGCAGACCUCCUCAAAGCCACUGGUCCCGAAACAUAUAGACGCUAUGACAGUCUCCCCAAGCCUGUGACUGCUGAUACCUGCCUAGGCAAAGACUUGAACAGUCAGACUCCAUCACUCCCUUUAGCUACCCCUUCUCAGGUCUCUCUGAGAGAGAGGCCACAGUCUGCGAAUGUGCAGGGGGUCGAUUCGCGCUGUCGACAGCUUGACGUUAGGCGCCUUUCUCUAGCACCACCGAAAGAUGAGAGGUCACACUUGUUCCCUCCAUUUUUUUACUCGUCCACUGCUUUGAAUGAUGAUUUGAACUUGCAGCAGCACGAUCAAGCAAAAGUAGUCCCAGAACAGCACUCUUCCUCCCCACACUAUGCUACUUCUAAAACCAAGCCCAAGCCAAUCUCGCGGCCUGGGGAAGUGGCCACUGUCGCGCCUGUCAGAGUUGUCACCAGCAACACAGAGGGGAGUGAUCUUCAAGCGCCAAACCAUGCUGACAUGUCCAUUACCAAAAGUCAGUCACCAGAAAACAAAACUCUGGCAGGGGGCAGCGAAGAAGCAAGUCGAGGGUCCAGCUCCAAGAACCCUCCCACGUCACCAGAUCCCCAUGGUGAUCAGCAGACUGUUUGGUAUGAAUAUGGCUGCGUGUGAUGCUUUCUUUCCCCUUUUCUCUGACUCUCCGAGAGGUAUCUAAUAUGUGCUUCACUACUGAAUAUGGGUAACGUUGGGAGUGCUGUUUUUUUUCUAAACAAGAGCCAGAUAUUAAAGGCACCACCCACUUGUUGACUGUCUUCCAAACCUUUACAUGAUGGCAGAACAAAAUACAUUGAUAUGCUUGAGGUGAAAGACUGAAAUGCCAAAUGUGGCUGCUCUUGAUUAGCCAGAACAUGCCCUCUUCUUCCUGUCCUCCAGCUUUAUUGCCAGGCUUCAGGAAGGCAAACUCCCAAAAGCCCAGAGUGCUCACAGCUUCUCCUCCUUGUAUCUCCUUCCAGCCCUGUCAUUCUUUAUUACCUGAAAUGUUGCACACAUGUGCGUGCAGUUUGUCUACUGAGCUCAAACAUUAUUGAAAACAUUUCUCGGUAUAGCAGAUGCCUCUUCCUUAGUGCAAAAAAACUGACCCUUGAAAAGAAAAUCUAUAAGCCUCUUUUUCCUAGUUGGUUAAAAUGGCUGCUACUUUAAAGCAGAAUCACUAGAACUCAAGGGUCCUGAACCCACUAGAACUCAACACCGCCACCCCCACACACCCUGGAGACCUUCACAGUACAUUAUGGACCUGUUAAAUUUCCUGGAUUUGCAAUAGAGGUACUGCCUCCUUUUAUCUGUGCUUUAUGCAUAAUAUAGGACCUGAUGGAUUCUUUUUGUGGGGUCUCCUUUUAAACAGCAUAGGUCAGGAGUUCUCAAAUUUGGGUCCCUAAAUGUUGUUAGACUUCAACUCCCAUCAUCCCCAACCACAUUUGUGGAUGGGGAUGAUGGGAGUUGUAGUCUAGCAAUAUCUAGGGACCCAGAUUUGAGAAGCCCUGGUGCAGGUGACUCCAUACACUCGUCUGAUGUGUUUACUACUGUGUACAUGAAAUAUUGAAUCACUGUGUUGGACAGGUGCGUGUCUGUGGAUCACAUGUUGUCAUUCUGCUUUCCUCUUAAUGUACAGUUACUUGGAUUUUAAAUGAUAUGCAGUGGAUUCUUUUGAUGAAGUUCAAGGCUGCUGCAGUUCUCAGCCCAGUUUGUCUCAUUGGGGUCUGUUGCAUUAAGUAGUUAAGGAUUUCAGGCCCACCUUCUAAUUCAGUCAACUUGAUCUAUGUAGAAACCAAAAUGAAUUUAUAUUCAUGUUGAAAUAAAUACUUUUUAUUAAAUCAUAUUUAUGUUCAAAUGAAGUCUUUCUCAUUCUAAUAAUUUCAUUGGCUGCUUAUGUAUAUCUACUGUGUAUGUGUGUAUGUGUCUUUUGCUUGUUAAAGAGGCUUUCUUUGUAACAGACAACAGUCUAACAGAUUUGUAAAGCUCUUGACUUGAUUUUCUAUAGUGAAAGAGCACACAAUCUGCAAUGACUGCAACACAACCAACAACUAGUGUGUGUUGUAGUGUGUACCAAUCACAUUGUGAGAAAAGCAAUUUGUUUAUAAAAUUUGUUUAUAAUAAAGUCUUUUUAAAACAUAAA